AGAAACAAAAUUAAAUACAAGCAAAUAACUAAAAACAAAAACAAUGUUAGAAAAAUGUUAGCAAGCAAACAAAGUCACUAUUGUCUCUUUUUUUCUUCUCUUCCUAUAUGUCAUAUAGGUGGAAGUACCAACCUGCUUGGCGGCGUCAGUCCUAAUGCAAGUAGUAGUAGCAACCAAAAACUUCAACAUGAACAACUCCACCAUUCCUCCACCACCACCACCAACACCACCACCACCACCAACAACACCACAGCCACAGGCACUGCUACCAGCAUAACUCACCAGUUCCAUAGCCAUCAUCAACAGCAGCAGCAACAACAACAACACCAACACCUCCAUCAUCACCACCACCAACAGCAGCAAUCAUCCUCGCCGCAUCACCAACAGCAACAGCAACAGCAUCAUCAUCAGCAGCAACAACAAUUGUUCGCCCACCACUUGCGCAACGAACGCGACCCGGACCGUUUGACGACCACCGCCUGCAGCCCGCACUCGCCCGAACACCGCAUGCCAAAGCGUCCCGCCAGCGAACAAUCGCACCACAUACACGCCCAUCACUCGACCGCUUCGUCGCCAUCUUCUGUGAUUGCGUCCACACCACCGCCACUACCGCCGCCGCAACACAUGAAACCACCGUCGCCGCAUCACACCCACCAACAUCCACAUUUCGGCCACCAACAAUUGUCGCUCGGCAUGUUGCCAUCCCACCACCUACACGCCCAUCACGAUCUGGCUGUGUCUGCCGCCCACCACCACCAUCACAUGUCGCGCACCGGCUCGCCCAUGGACCAUCACCACCUGUUGCACCACCGACGCUCCUCGCUGUCGCCAUCGCCCACCGGCCGCGGCUCGGCCGGCUCCGCAGCUGGCAUACUCUCCUCGACGCGCGGUGGUGACAUGGUUGGCGGUAGCAGCCGGCUGCUGUUGCCGUUGCCACUGAACGCCUGCCACCGAUGUGACGUGUGCGGCAAACUGCUCAGCACCAAGCUGACGCUGAAGCGGCACAAGGAGCAACAACACCUCCAGCCACUCAACAACGCCGUCUGCAAUCUGUGCCACAAAGUGUUUCGUACGCUGAACAGCCUCAACAAUCACAAGAGCAUCUACCACCGCCGGCAGAAGAACCACCACUCGUAUUUCCACCACAGCAGUGCAGUGGGCGGCGGCGUGGCGGGCAGCAGCCCCAGCAGUCGAUUGCAUCAGUCGCUCAGCUCGCUGAGUGCCGCAGCAGUUGCCAAUAACGGCGUCGGCGCGGGCGGCAAUGGCAACGCAGUGGCAGCAGCGGCUGCAGCAGCCGCCGCCGCAGCAGAACUCUUACUCUCACCGAUAGUGGGCGCAGCAGCGGUGGCAGGUGGUGGCGGCAGCGGUGCUGGCCCCACAGUACAACUUUCACACGCCGGCCAGCAGCAGUCUUCACCCAAUAUGGUGAAGCCCUGCAUGGAUUUCUUAUAAGAUCAACAUCACCUGCUGCAGCAGCUCUUCCAUGUUGCUCUGAACACGCCACAGCCGCCCCCGCCGCCCGCUCUUUCGGCCAGCAUGAGCCCGCUGUCUGCGAUGGGACAAGGAGCCAUGCCCGUCCCCACAAUGGUUGACAUACCGUACGGACAUCAACUGCCGCCGACCGUAGAUCUCACACAAAUGGAACACUACGGCAGUGCGAGUGGCGGUGGUGGGGGAGCAGGCAGUGGUGGCGAACACUAUGAGCGCAUGAAUUUACUGGAGCACUGAGCAGCGCAGUAUCGAAUGUGGUAAAAGCCACCAGCAAACUAAAGCAACAAACCGACAAAAACCGAUCGUACCGAUCAAGUGACCAAGAAAAAACAAAAAAAUAAAUAAAUAAAUAAAUGUGACCAAAAAGUGAAAAUUUGAGCUGAGACUCUUAGCAGCGGAAAAAAAUACUUAGUUCGACACAAAGCGAGAGACCGACCGACCCUCCCACAGUUAAACGAGCUAAAAGAGAGAGAAACAAACUGAGAAAAUAUAAGCCAGCGUACGAAUGGCAAAUUAAAAAGAAAAGCGAGAAACAAAAAACUGUUAAAUUGAAAAAAAAAAAGCAAGAAUGCAAAACUGUGAUUUUUUACAUCUAUUUUUUGAGUUUUACGAACAAAACAUUACUUUUCGAUGUACAACAUCACUGACUUUUUUAAAAAUGCACAAGUAUGUAUGCAUGGAAGUGUACUUUUUGGUGGGGCCAACAUUGUGCACACAUACUAUGGGAAAUCUUAGCCUAAUUUACACAGUCUUACAUGCAAUCACACACACACACACACACACACGAGCGGGUAUUUAGAAGGACUGAUCUACUACUUAUUUGAUGGUUCGCUCAUACUCUCCCACAGUAUGCGCAAACGAACUGACCAACAAGAAGAAAUCUUAAGGUGAGGCACAAAGGCCUAGACGAAAUUUAUUUGUGUGUGGUUUGGGAUAAUAAAUUAAAAAAAAAAAUAAAUAACACAUAAAAAAAUAAGUUUUGCGCGUGAAAUAAGUGAGCCGGGGUAGAAUUUGAAUAAAAUUGAAGACUGUUAGGUGAAUUAGAUUUUUUGUUUUUCUUUUUACACUUUUACUUUGGCAGGAGAAAACAUUUACACAUACAUACAAACAUGCAUACAUAGGUGUAGAAAAGGAUGCUGCAGUAAACUAUUUUACAACAAUAAAUCGAAAUAAAAAAUAACUAACAACAUACACUUAAAUACAUACACACACACACCUACACACUCUAACUAAUGCAUAGGUAGAUUGAUAAUAAUGAGAUGUGCAAUUUUUAUUUGUUGACAAUACAAGAUUAGUUUUAGUAUUAUGUUUUCUCAUUUAUAAGAAGAAUAAAUUAAAAAAAAAAAAAAUAUGCAAAAAUGCAAAAAAAAAAA